CUCUCUCUCUCUCUCUCUCUCUCUCUCUCCUCUCCUGUUUUAAUGUACUUAGGUUGGAUCUCUAAAACUGAUCGUCUCUGACUCUCUACGACUUCUUUACUCAUGAUCUCCUGAUUUUCUAAUUUCUAUAUCCGCUCGUUCGAUUGAAAAAGGAUUUAGCAAGAAAGCCAUGGCUUCUCCUAGUUCUUUCAAGCAAGAGCUCCUCAAGAAAUGGGUUUUGGGUCUGCAAUCCUGUUGUUCAAUGGCCAAGGACAUGGGCAUCUCGGAGAGAAAGAAAGCCAUCAAGCUGUCGGCAGACCUCGCCAUGGCUUCUGCCAGAGAUGGAAGGACAUGUUGGAGUCGCGCAGUGAUCGCUAAUGCAUCGAAACAAAACGAGAGCAAGAUCCUUGUUCAGAAGAUAUUGGGCAGUGAGUGUGAGAGGCUAGUGAAGGCAUCAUCAAUCGGAUUUUCCUCAUGUAACAAGAGGUUCACAAGCAAGAGGAUCUUGAGAAGGAGCUGCAGCAGCCUGCGUAGGAUUAGAAGAAGUGCACCCAAACGAGUGCAAGCGAGCUCCAUCGCUAAACGGAUGGUGAAGAAAAGAACACAACUGCUGAAAGGUCUUGUACCUGGGGGAGAGUCCAUGGACGAAUUCUCUUUAAUAGAGGAGACUCUUGAUUAUAUUAUCUCUCUCAGGGCUCAAAUUGAUGUAAUGAGAUGUCUUGCUGAUGCCUCAGAGCGCUUGAAAAGCCAAUAAGGUCUUUAAUUUCUCUUUCUGUUUUUGAUUUUAUUUUCUUCUUCCAUAUUAAUUAGCUAGACAAGAUGGAGAAGAAUAGAAGACUAUAUAAGUCAGGCAUGUACAGAUGAACUAUAUAUAUGUCAAGCCUAGCUUCUGUUUCCUUCUUUCUUCUCAUUUUCCAUUUUAACUCAUACAAAGUUUACAGGCCCAUUUUCUCAUGCUUUUGGCUUUAACCUUUUAUGAUGGAAAGACAUUCCCAUUUGGGUUUCUCUUC